CAGUCUCAUUUAAAUAGAUUUUCCGUAUUUGUUUAUUUAUAAUACUUAGUGUAGUGCAUCAACUGAUUUUUUAGAAAAGAGACAGUGCACACCGUAUAAUUCUCGGAGAAAAGGGAAAGGGUCGUCCAUAGUGGGUCACCCAAUUACGGGGAAGUCCCCAAUUGCGUGUGUUCUACGCAGUUAACUUUUGGUGUUAUAGUUUAAGACAUUGUUUCAUUUUAUAUUUGAAAGUACGUUAAAUAGAAACAUGUUUCCUAACAAUAGAUCAGGUGGUCGUGGUGGUCAUAACUCUAGAUGGAAAAGAGAUGAUAACCAAAAUCAAGGUGGUCGCGACGGUUAUAACUGGAGAAGGGGAGGACGUGGUAGCCAAAAUCAAGGGUUUAGAGGUAGAGGUCAAUAUCGCGACCCAAAUAAAAUUCGUUCAGAAAAUCCUGCAGAUUCAGAAGAGAGGAAAAAUAGACCACCGAGAGAAUCAAGAACUAUGGGUUUUAGAGCUUUAGAAAGUUUAUCGCAAGUUGAUGAUGUCGAUGACAUUAUCCUAAGAUUAAGCGAUUCGCAUCAAGGUUUCCAAAGACUUCUUGAAACCGGUAACAUACAACCCGACUAUUUUGUUUUAAUAGUGAAAAUUUUUUACAAGAUUUGUGAUAGUAGCAGAAAAGGAAAUAUUAUAAAACUGAUUCAAAAAACGCCAUUUUUGAAAAAAAUAACGUCCUACAUAGCAAGUAUUGAAUUUCAAGAUGAAAAGGAAAAACGAUUAAAUAGAUUAUUUUGGAAUGAUCCGGAUUCAUUAUGGGAACAAUUAAUAUUUAUCUUUAGAGUCAUGUCAGAAGUAUCCCCUUCUACUUCAUGUGAAAUGUUACCGAAAUGUUUAAAAACGAUACUCAAAAGUAUCCAACGUAUUGAGGAUGAGCACGGCAUGCAUGUUUCAGAUGGAAUCAAAGCAGAAGUUGAAAGUCUAAACGAUUACAUAGAAAAAUUAAUAUUAGAUAAUGAAAAGAAAAAACAAGAGUCUCAAGUAAUAUCUGAAGUAAUUGAUGAAGAGGAAUAUGUAGCACCUAGAGAUGAUUACAGAGAAAUCAGUGUGUAUCCAAGCGGCAAGGAAAUAACCAAUAAAAACAGGGGUUUUUUCUUAAAUAAAAACAAAAUUAAAGGCAGAUAUGGUAGUGUUGCCGAAUAUUUAGAUGUGCAGUUCCGACUACUAAGAGAGGAUUUUGUCGCCCCUCUUCGUGAAGCCAUAUGUGAAUAUAAAAACCCAACUCAUACUGGGAGGAUAACGAAUGUAAAAUUUUAUAAAAACACGUGGUUUUUGAACAUGGAGUCUGUGAAUCAGUUUCAGUGUUACCGAUUGCAGUUUGCCGAAAUGAAGAAUAAAAAAAAACUGAAAUUCACUUAUGAAAACUCUAAACGGUUCAUGCUCGGAUCGUUGGUGUUGUUCACACAAGAUAAUUUUAAAAGUAUUUUAUUCGGAAAAAUCGCUAAACGCAACGUAGAAGACUUAGAAAAAGGACAAAUAAUUGUUAGCACAGAAACUGGUAUUCCUAACAAAGAGCCAUAUUUAAUGGUAGAAUGUUGUGUUUAUUUUGAACCAUAUUAUCAGGUACUUACUGUAUUACAAAAUAUGGAUACAUCAUCAUUUCCUAUGGAAAGGUAUAUUAUCAACGUGGAAACUGAAACGCGCCCACCCGAUUACAUCCUUGACGUUAAUCCAGUGUUUUAUACAAUUGAAGGAGAUCGAUUUUGGGCACCGAAUUUUCCAAAUAAACCAUUUUAUGGUUUAAAUGAAUCACAACAAAUUGCUUUUAGAGCUGCCUUGACUAAGGAAUUGUCCAUUAUUCAAGGACCCCCCGGUACAGGGAAAACAUUUGUGGGUCUAAAAAUUGCCCAAACUCUUUUAGAAAAUUAUAGAGCUUGGUUUAAGGGAACUCCUUUGUUGCUCAUUUGUUAUACAAAUCACGCUUUGGAUCAAUUUCUGGAAGGCAUUUUACCAUUUACAGAAAAUAUUUUACGUAUUGGAGGACAAUCUAAAAGUGAGACUCUAAAUAAAUACAAUAUUCGAAAAAAGUGUCAUACACAGCAUUCUGCGACGAGAAACGCUUAUUUUGAUUUAAAACAUAUUGCUGGAGAAAUUCAGUCUAUUAACAACAUUUUGAUGUCCCUUGAAAAGUUUGACAGUAUAAUUUCGUUUAAGAGCUUGUCUGAAUAUAUUCCCACAGAACUGAAUUAUCUUAAGGAUGCCACACCUGAAGAAUGUAGGCAGUGGCUCAUGUUUGGCAGGGAGGAGACUCACAAUGAAAACAGAUUUUCUCCUGAAGUGGAUAUCAAUAAACUUACCAAUAUAGACACUCCCGAUGAGGCUGAAAUGGAACAAGAAACUAAUGACAUUGAAGAUUUACUUAAUGAUAUUAAAGUUGAAAAGGUCUAUGACGCAAUAUUAGAUUUAAAUGAAAUUAAUAAAAUAUAUAUUAAAACAAGAGAAUACAUAAAAACAUUAGCACCAGAUGAUAUUGCCAAGAGAAACAUGGCAGAAUAUGAACUAUUUGAAAUUGAACGUGACUAUUAUCAUUUAAAGGUGAACUUGGAGAAAGGUGCCCAAUUUACAAACCCAAAGGAGCCAAAAAUAUUAGGCUACUCUCAUCCAAAUCAACUGCCACCAUCUCUGCGAUGGAGAUUCUAUUUUUAUUGGGUCUCUCGUUUGAAAACGAACCUGCUUAGGAAAAAAGAACAAUUGUCAGUAAAUUUUAGAGAAACUUUUGAAAUAUAUGAUAACUUAAAAUCAAUAGAGGAUACAAAAGUAAUGAAAGAACAUUUCGUAAUCGGUAUGACGACGACCGGGGCCGCUAGAAUGAAUUCCACCCUGAAAGCAUUGAAGUGUCCCAUUGUAAUAGUUGAAGAAGCCGCCGAGGUUCUCGAAGCUCAUAUAGUAACAGCAUUAACAGAGCACUGUCAGCACCUUAUCUUGAUAGGUGAUCACAAACAGUUAAAACCGAGUACCGCCGACUACCAAACUGAAACUAAAUUUCAACUAGGAAUAAGUCUUUUUGAAAGGAUGGUUCUGAAUGGUGUGGAGUGUCACACGUUGAAUGUACAACAUCGCAUGAGACCGGAAAUAUCUGCUCUUAUCACGCCAUCAAUAUAUCCUAAUUUGCAGGACCAUGAGAGUGUAAAAGGGAGAGAGGACAUCCGAGGCCUGGAGAAGAACCUUUUUUUUAUCGAUCACAAACAUCUAGAAGAAGUGUGUACCGAAACCAGCAAGAAAAAUAUGCAUGAGGCUACUUUCUUAAUUAGCUUGGCACGUCAUUUGAUCUUGAAUGGUUAUGAGGGCAAACAGAUUACUAUUCUUGCAGCGUACUUGGGACAGAUGUAUGAAAUGCUAAAACUUAAAAAGCAACACUUAUUGUUACUAAAGGAUGUGAGAAUUGCCGUACUAGACAAUUAUCAGGGCGAAGAAUGUGAUAUUAUAUUACUCUCCUUAGUCCGCUCCAAUGCUGAAAACUCUAUUGGGUUUUUGAAAAACGAAAAUCGUGUUUGCGUUGCACUGUCUAGGGCGCGAAAUGGUUUUUAUAUAAUGGGAAAUAUGGAAAUGUUAUGUAAUAAUAGUGAAGUAUGGAAGCCAGUAAAAGAAACUUUGCAACAGCAGGACGCAAUCGGCGAGAGUCUAGCUCUUGUGUGUCAAGUGCAUCCCCAUAAAACAACUCUGGUUAAGUCCGCAGAAGACUUUCUACAAGUCCCUGAAGGGGGAUGCGAUCUGGUGUGUAAUGAACCUAUGAUUUGCGGUCAUAAUUGCAAGUUAACAUGUCACAUUCUCAACCAUGACCACCUUUCAUCACGUUGUUUUGAAAAUUGCAAUAAGUUGCUAUGCGAAUCUAAUCCAGAUCAUGUUUGUAAAAAGAAAUGUUAUGAAGAAUGUGGACCAUGUACAUAUUCUGUAACACAUGAACUGGAGUGUGGACACGUUGUUGCACUUCAAUGCCACAUUGAUCCUUUAGACCAUAAAUGUCAGGAACCUGUGGUGACCACAUUACCAUGUGGUCACAGCGCACCCAAACCAUGUUAUAAGGAUGUGGAGACGUUUAAAUGUCCUUAUCCUUGCGAAAUAAGGGUAGAACAAUGCGGGCAUAAAUGUAAAUUGACUUGUCACGUGAGGGAGGAUCCUGACCAUUAUGAGUAUAAAUGUAGGGAGCCAUGUUAUAAAUUCCGUGUGGGUUGUACGACAAAUGAGGAUCAUCAUCGGUGUUCGAUGAUGUGUUUUGAGGAAUGCGUCCCCUGUCUUUUAGAAGUAAAGAAGCGCCGCACGGUUUGUCCACAUGUUUACACAGUUCCAUGUAAUUUUGAUGUGGACAAAAUUGUUUGCAUGAAACCGUGCACAAAAAUCUUACCAUGCGGCCAUAAAUGCAUGAGCAAAUGCGAAGAGCCAUGUGCACCAUGCACGAAAAAGGUUGAAAAAUUGGUUCCUGGUUGUGACCACAAAGUGACAGUGAUGUGCCAUCAAACGCCUGAUAGAAGCUUGUGCCGAAAAUUGUGUCCACGGACUUUAGACUGUGGACACUCGUGCAAAAAUAGGUGCAACGAAGAGUGCACACCCCAAUGCAGAGAAAAAGUUGACUGCAAUAUUACAUCAUCCUGUGGUCACUUCAUUAAUAAAGUGUAUUGUUAUAUCAAGACUGGAGGCAGAGCUGUUGAAGACGAUUUACAGAAAUGCUGCGAUGCGCCGUGCGGUGUCGAACUGAAAUGCCGCCACAAAUGCAAGGGUACUUGUGGAAAAUGUAAACAGGGUCGUUUACAUAUAAAAUGCACGGAAAAUUGUGGGGCUGUUUUAAUUUGCGGACACGAAUGUCCAUUGCCCUGCAGGGAGAAUUGUAAACCUUGCCAGAAGAAGUGCGUCUACCGCUGUGAGCACAGUAAAUGUGGCAAAAAGUGCGGUGAAAUAUGCACGGGAUGUAAACAGCGUUGUAAUCGUGGUUGUGAACACCAAAAGUGCAAAAAACUUUGCUACCAAAUCUGCAACAUCGAUCCGUGCACCGAGCCCUGCAAAAAAAAAUUAAAAUGUGGUCAUCCGUGUGUUGGAUUUUGCGGUGAACCUUGUCCACAUCUGUGUCGUGAAUGCGAUGCCGAUGAAUUAACCGCUAUAUUCUUUGGAAAUGAGGAUGAUGAAAACGCCAAAUUUAUAGAAUUGCAAGACUGCAAGCACGUGUUGGAGAGCGAAGGAUUAGAACAAUGGUUUUCACAAAGUGAUGACAAAGAAGAAAUUCGAGUGAAGACCUGUCCUAAGUGUAGGACGCCUAUUAUUAAUACUAAGCGAUUCUGGACCUACUUAAAACGGGCUAUGAUGGAUAUGGAUAAAGUGAAGGUCAGAUUAAAUGGCGACGAAAAAUAUAACGAAGAAUUGCAGUAUAAGAUGUUUGUUGAGGCAGAAGGACUUCUUAAAUGUCGCAUUCCAAAUUUGCCAUACUUUCAAAGAACUGUUACUAACUUUGUUGAAAGGUUAGACAAAACCUUUCAGGGGAAACGAAACAAACUUGUGGCUUCUGAAUUAAAUUCUAGAAAAGCUAAAUUGCAAUUGUUACAACAUAUGAUAAAAAUUUUGAAAAAUAGUAAAAUAAGUAACGAUUUUAAUGUGAGUGAAUCGGUACUUGUACAAAUAUCGAUGAUUUUAUCUGCACUACAAAACAAAGAUGAUAGGAUAUCUGAUCAGGAAAUUGAAGACAUUUCAUUGGAAAUCUAUAGAAUGGAAAAAAUCGUAGAUUUUGAGAACAUCAUAUCAGGAAGGCAUUCUACUGAUGACUAUGUAAACACAUUGAUCACAAAAAUUAAAACAAAAUUAUUUAGUAAUAUGAGGUUUUCCCCGGAACUCGAAAGAGAAAUAUCUGACUAUAUGAAAACGUUAAAUGAUAAAUUAUGUACUGGCUUAAAUAUUAGCGAAUCUGAACGAUUACAAAUUGUACGAGCCUUAGGUAUGAGAAAAGGACAUUGGUUUAAAUGUCCAAAUGGCCAUAUUUACUGCAUUACGGAAUGUGGAGGGGCUAUGGAAGUUGGCAGAUGUAACGAAUGUGGUGCAGCUAUUGGAGGAGAAAAUCAUGCGUUGCGAGGUGAUAAUGCACAUGCUGGAGAAAUGGAUGGAAGUCGGUACCCUGCAUGGUCCGUUAUGAAUAAUCUUAAUAAUUUUCGUCUAGAUUACGGAGUUUAAUUUUUGUACAUGUUAAAAUAUAAUAUUAUGUCAAUUAAGUUAAUUAUA